GAGACGACGCUUCUGCCCUAGAUUCUUUUCCCGUACAGUUUGUUACAGGAUACGGAGUAGAGUUCCCUGUGCUAUGCAGUUGUGACAGAAAUGAAGUUUACAGAAGUCGUGUUCCUGCGGUAAGAAAUAAAGAUGUGACCUUCCAGUUGUGUAAAGCUCAUGAAGGCUGUUAUCAGACUAUCAGAAGGCAUGAAGAAACCUGGGCUGAGAGUCUUCGUUCCAGGAGACCUGAUCUUGACUGUAUGCCUGGUUUGAGUCGCAUCGCUCUGAACUGCAACAAGCUCAUUGGUGACCUGGGUGCUCGUGCUUUUGCAGAAUCUCUUAGUGAGGAUUUAUGGCUUGGAGUUAUUUGGAGACAUAGAGGCUUGGCCACAAAGCAACCUGUAAGUAAUGGAAGGAAACACUCUGCUGGUAAAGAAUGUUAUGGUCCUGAACCUCUACCACCUGGUGUGUCUGGUUUCCGGCCGUGGCGUACUGCAGAACGUGCAAAAAGCAACAGAUACUCAGGUCCAUCAGAAUUUCCUGUGACUGUGACAGUAGAGAGUCCUUCCUCCUCAGAAAUCGAAGAGGUCAAUGAUUCCUCAGAAAGUGUUCAGGAAGAGCCAGAGAAAAUCCGUUUGAAACAAGAAGCACUGCAGCCCUUCAUGUCCACAAGCAUGAUCCUGGAUGAUGAAGGUGUUUUGGGCAGCAUUGAGAAUUCUUUUCAGAAGUUCCAUGCUUUCUUGGAUCUCCUUAAAGAUGCUGGGCUUGGGCAGCUGGCCACAAUGGCUGGUAUAGAUCAGUCAGAUUUUCAUUUACUAGGUCGUCCCCAGAUGAAUUCUACUGUUAGUAGUCCACCUAAAGAAGAAAAGAAGGCACUUGAAGAAGAAAAAUCAGAGUCAAAGCAGAGUGCCCCAGGACCAACGCAAAAUCUCCAAUUUCAGAAAAUUACAGGUGAUGCUGGGAUUCCUUUGCCUGUCGACUCCUUCCAUGUUCCAGUCUCUACUCAGGAGGCCUUAGAAACUUCCAAAGACAAGCUGGGGGUCGCAGUCACAGAGCAGCGGCAGGAGUCUUUUGAAGAUUUCAUUGCUAGAACAUGUUCUCCUUCAGCAGACGUCAUUUCUGGAAAAGGAAGGUGGGACAGCAUAGUUGACACUGGGCUUAACUGUUCUGGAAAACGUGGUCCCAGUAGGCAUACACACUGGUACAUUUUCCCCACCUACCAAAUACAAAAGAAGUAUUUCAUUUCCAUGUUGCUCUUCAAGUUCCACCUCAUUCGUGCCUGUCAUUCAUCCUCUGGCCUCUUCCUGUCUCCAUUUCUGUACAGAAAGGCCACCCCAGAUCUAUCAGACGACAGAAGUCCGCGGACGCACGGAGAGCUGACCACCCCACGAGAGAGACCUACGCGCGGCCGCGCCCACUCACCCGCCGCUCCCCGGGAGACGGGAGACCAGCCCGGGGUCCAAGUCCUGGGCGUGGCAGACUCGCCACUCUCCGGGCCCGGCUCCAGCUCACCUCGGCGCGGCCCGCCUGGGCGCCGCCAUCUUGACCACAAAGGGGGCCUCGCGCCGGAGGCCCCUGAGCGGGCGCCCUGA